AGACGAGCUGGAAUAUUGAACACUCAUACCAGAUGGAGAACUUCGAUAAGGGGAGCCAUCUCAAAAAGCUCAUCAACAAAAUCAAUGGCCAACCAGAGUCAUACGGUCGCAAGGCUCAGUACAUUUUUGGGAAGACUUUGGGAGCUGGAUCUUUUGGAAUUGUUAGAUACGCCCGCAAUCUUGACACUGGUGAAGAAGUAGCAGUUAAAAUUAUUUUAAAGAAAGCCUUGAAGGGACAUGAAGACACAGUGCUUGCCGAGUUGGACUUAUUACUGGAGUUGUCGCACCCCCACGUUGUGGGAUUCAGAGACUGGUUUGAGUCUAAAGAUAAGUUUUAUAUUGUUACACAAUUGGCAACCGGGGGAGAAAUGUUUGAUCGAAUCAUCAAAAAGGGGCGUUUCACCGAACACGAUGCCUCGUUAGUAAUUGUGCAAGUCUUAGAGGCUCUUCAGUAUUUGCACCACAAGAACAUUGUCCAUAGAGACUUGAAGCCUGAAAAUAUUUUGUAUUUGACCCCUGAGGACAACUCCAAUAUUGUAUUGGCAGACUUUGGAAUCGCCAAAAAACUUCAAAGUGCCGACGAUAAGAUUCAUUCGUCGGCUGGUUCGUUUGGAUAUGCUGCUCCCGAAGUGGUUAUGGGUCUUGGACAUGGUAAACCCUGUGAUAUCUGGUCUUUGGGAGUUAUAACCUAUACUGUGUUAUGUGGCUACUCGCCAUUCCGGUCGGAGAACGUCCACGACUUCGUAGAAGAGGUCAAAAACAACAAUGGGGUCGUAUUUCACGCAGAUUACUGGAAGAGCGUUUCUAAAGAUGCAAGAAGAUUCAUUAUCAAAGCAUUACAAUUUAACCCUGACAACAGACCCACGGUCGAUCAGCUCUUGAACGACCCAUGGCUCAUUGAUGUCGCCAAGGAGCACAAGGAGAUGGACUUGUUGCCACAAAUCAAGGCUAAAUUCGAUGGUAAAUCCAAGUUCAAGCAGGCUAUUGAGUUGGUCAUGUUGAACAACCGUGUCAGCAAAUUGAAAGAUAUUCAAACGGAGGACGACGACGAUCCAAACGAAAUCAAUAUAUUUGGGGACGAAGGCUCCUUGGUCUCUGAAGAAGCCAUCAAAGAUGCCCAGAAGAACACUGCCCACCCAUUAAUCUCUUGGGGGAAAUUCAAACAGGCACUACCAGACGCAGAAAUGUCCAAAUCUUCGUUAUCGAAGCCCAUGACUGAAGAUUCAAAGCUUAACUCGCCUGAGAGAAAGAAGGAUUUGACCCAGGGAGCAUUUGUGCAGUUAGUGCACGUAGCUCUGAAGAAUAAGGAUAGAGUUUCUCAGUUCACCGAUGAAAACAGAAAGCGUGAUGAUCAGUGACGAUAAGUGAUUACGUACUUCAAUAUAUUACAUCUACAUGGGUCCCUGCCAACUCAUUCAUACUGUCAUGGCAUGUGCCCCUUAUUCACGUUCCGUGUAUAUUUGUGUUAAUUGCGAAAUGAAUACUGGUUCCC